GUUGGAUAAGGGGAAAACAAUUAAGCUGGCUGUAAUUAACACUCUCUCUAAAAGAGUACUCCUCCAGUCGCUGUCCAUUGCUUGGGAAAGAUGAACCUCAACAGCGAUAAAACACACCGGAGCAUGGUGAAAAUGCUCACGAUUACCCUGGUGUUCUUCAUGACCGUCUUCGGACUCCUGGCCAACAGCUAUCAUCCCCGGAGCCGUCAGAGGUUCCAGUUCAACAAGUUUUAUUUGGCGUACGCGAUGCUGUGGACCAUCGCAUUCAGCACCGUCUACGGCCGUCAGAUCUACAAGGAGUACAGCCAGGGACAGAUCAACCUGAAGGAUGCCACAACGCUCUACAGCUACAUGAACAUCACGGUGGCCGUUAUAAACUACGUCACCCAAAUGAUGAUCAGUCACCACGUGGCCAAGAUGAUGAGUCGAGUGCCCUUCUUUCAGACCCUCAAAACCCUACGUCUCGACAGCCGGUCCUUGUACACAUCGGUCUCCCUGGCCUUGAUCAAGACCAUGGCCUUUCCGCUGACCCUCGAGGUGGCCUUCAUCCUGCAGCAGAGAAGGACACACCCCGAGAUAAGUUUGAUCUGGACCCUCUACAGGCUGUUUCCGUUGGUCAUUUCGAAUCUGCUGAACAACUGCUACUUCGGAGCCAUGGUCGUGGUGAAGGAGAUGCUGAAGGCACUUAACCGCCAACUGGAGGCGCAGCAGCAGGAGGUUAAUCUGCUCCAGAGGGAGGAUCAACUGAAGCUGACCACCGCCUACUACCGCAUGCAGCGCUUCUGCUCGCUGGCGGACGAGCUGGACAAGCUGGCAAGCCGCUACAAAGUGAUAUAUUUCCACGCCGGAAAGUACCUGACUCCCAUGGCCCUGUCGAUGAUCCUGUCGCUCAUUUGCCACCUCCUCGGCAUCACAGUUGGCUUUUACAGCAUUUACUACUCCAUAGCAGACGCCUUGAUCGCCGGAAAGGCCUUCGAUGGCCUCGGCACGCUCAUCAACUCGGUGUUCCUGACCAUCUCGCUGUCGGAAAUCACCAUGCUGACGCACUUGUGCAACAACCUGUUGGUGGCCACCAAGAGAUCAGUGCUCCUCCUGCAGGAGAUAGACCUGCGGCAUGCCGACUGCCGCUACCGGCAGUCGGUUCACGCCUUCACCCUCUUGGUGGCCGUCACCAAGUUCAAGAUCAAGCCCCUCGGCCUCUAUGAGCUCGAUAUGCAGCUGAUCAGCAACGUUUUCUCGGCAGUGGCCAGCUUUGUGCUCAUCCUGGUGCAGGCGGACCUGUCGCAGCGCUUCAGGAUGCACUAG